AUGAGUGCUCCUCCGCGGGGGGGCCAGAAUGGCGUUCCGAGAAAUACCAGGAAGCCGAAUCCCCUGCGGCCCAUGCGGAAGGCACCCCGGCCCGCGAACCCCCUCGUCGCACCCUCGCGAAAGCCUGCGGCCAAGCCUAGCUCGAAACCAGCUCCCAAUGCCUCCCGAAACGCUGCCAAGGGUCCUGCCCUCGAAGAACUGCGCAGCAUGUAUGGUGGCUGGUCCGAACCUCCCCCACAGUUCCCCUACACCGACAUCCCCAUCAUGACGACAAAGAAGGCUCUCAUCGAUGGAGCCCGCUUCCAUGUCAUGAGGUUCUUCCAGCCCAGGCUCAACGACAAGCCCGUCGACCCCACCGAUCAAGACGCAUUUGCUCGUCCUGUUACUCUGCACAGACGAGAUGCCCGCCAGCCUCCGCCAGGGAGAGCCGUCAAGGCAGAAGACCCCGAGCCGCCGCAGACCGACGAGCUUGAGGCGGAGAGACUUGCGCAGAUCAGGGCCGAACGAGAGGCCCAGCGUGCUAUGGACCAAGCCAAGAUCGCGCCCGUCGCCAAGGAGACCAACCCAAAGAGGCCAAAGAAGCAAAAGGAAGAAAAGACGUCAUUCAACCGAGCUCCAAAGUCGGAGGCUGCCAAGAAAGAAUCGGACCUCCGCUACGAGGAAGCGCUCCCUUGGCACCUGGAAGACGCUGACGGAAAGAAUGUGUGGGUUGGUAACUACGUCGCGGCUCUCUCCAAAUCCAGUGUCGCCUUCAUGAUCGACAAGUCUGUCUUCCGCAUGGUGCCCCUCGAGAAGUGGUACAAGUUCACAUCCAAGCCUCCGUUCCAGCCCUUCAACAUCGACCAGGCCGAAGCGCUCAUGAAUAAAAAGAUGGACGUGAGCCGAUGGGUGAUGAAGGAUGAGGAGCGAAAGUUGGGCCAGAGCGACUUGGAAGCGACACGUCGACUCUUUUAUGGCCGUGGCCCCAUGGUCAAAACCGAGAGCGACACGUUCAAGGCUGCCUCAAGGUUGGAGAAGCUCGAGCACGAUGAGCUAGACAUGUCUGGAGACGAAUUCCAGGAUGACGAUGAAGCGCCUCACUUUGAGCGCAACGAUGACGAGGACACCAAGGACUCCAAAGACCGGAUUCGCCGUGAGCAGCUUGGGGCGAACCUGUUUGGGGAUGGAGACGAACAAGAAGUCGACAAGGAGCUGCAGGAGCAGCUGAGAGAGGAGCUUGAGCGACAAAAGUACGGCAAGACGACCAAGAAGGCUCUCAUCAAGAGAGACCGAGAAGACAUCUACGAAAGCGACAACUCCGAGGACAACCCUUGGAGCAGCUCCUCUGACGAUGACUCGAGCGACGAAGAUGAAGAGGGGAACAAGGAAGAGGACAAGAAGGACGCCGACAAGAAGGACGCCGACAAAAAGGACGCCGAAGGAUCCAAGGGCACGACCACCCCGCAAGGCAAACAGAAGCAAGGCGACCUGCUGAAAAAGAGCAAGUCCCUGAAGCGUGCGGGCUCGCCGACUCUGUCCGAGUCUAGCGGCAACGAGUCGUCGCGGAAGAAACUGAAGAAGUCGGCUGGCCCUGCUGCCGGCAGCCGAUCUGACACGCCACUUCCACAGACGAACGCGCCGCGCCGCAGCAAGCUUGGUGGCGCAGGACCCGGCAGCGAUGGCGAAGUGACUGCUGGCGAGCUUUCCGACGGGGCUGGUCCACGGAAGAAAUCCAAGCUUGUUGACAGCAGCAGGAAGGGAACGCCGGCAGCGUCGAGAGCGGGCAGCCCGAACCCAGCGCAAGGCGGUGCGUCUCCAGGUUCUCAGACUGGUUCGGGGAUUGAGCCGUGGGAGAUUCUUGAAAAGAUCCCAUCCGAGGGUAUUGCCAUCGGAGAUCUCAUCAAGCCUUUCCAGGGUCGCGUCGGUGACCGGCCCGGGCAGAUGCCCAAGGGCGAAUGGAUCAAGCUCGUCAAGCAGCUGUGCGACUAUGGACCGGACAAGCGCUUGCGACGACGGAAGUGA